UCAAACCGGUCAGAAGGGUAGCACUUUUUUUUCGUUAGCUCGUCGUCGGCUUGCUCGCGAGUUCGUUGUCCCGUGCCGACCCCGGCGAACCGAAGAAACAAGAAAACGCCUCGUAUAUCUAGGUUGUUAUAAUCGUCGUUAUACCGGAGCACGCCCGGUUUGAGCAGAGCAGACGCCACUUCUUCCCCACCUUCUCUCUUCCGCACACGUCAAAGAAGUCACUUGAUCGCCUUUCUACGGAGCGCGCAUCGGACGACACUUCGGCGAAGCGAGUUCCGUGUUUUUCUCGGCAUCGUAUUUCGAGCGCAUCGAAGUUUGCAGCGAUGUCGGCUGGAGGUGACGCCUCGUCGGUCCCGGCUCGAAAUUACUCGGCCAUGGAGCCUGGAUUUAUGCAGCAGCCUUUAGAGAAGUGCGAUGAGGAGCUUCACCAGCUUGUCUUGAAGGAGAAGCAGCGGCAGCUGCGUGGCCUUGAGAUGAUCGCCUCCGAGAACUUCACCAGUCUGGCAGUCACCCAGUGCCUCGGGACCUGCCUCACCAACAAGUACUCAGAGGGAUACCCUGGGCAGAGGUACUACGGUGGCAACGAGUUCAUCGACGAGAUCGAAAUCCUGUGCCAGAAGCGGGCCCUGGAGGCGUACCGUCUUGACCCCCAGCUCUGGGGCGUCAACGUGCAGCCCUACUCCGGCUCUCCGGCAAACUUUGCCGUCUAUACGGGCGUCGUCGAACCGCACGGGCGCAUCAUGGGCCUGGACCUGCCCGACGGGGGCCACCUGACCCACGGCUUCUUCACCGACAAGAAGAAGAUCUCGGCGACGUCCAUCUUCUUCGAGUCGAUGCCGUACAAGGUGAACCCGCAGACGGGCCUCAUCGACUACGACAAGCUGCAGCAGACGGCUGCUCUGUUCAAGCCCAAGCUCAUUAUUGCUGGCGUGAGCUGCUACCCCCGUCAUCUGGACUACAAGCGGUUCCGCGAGAUCGCCAACGAGAACAACUCUCUGCUGAUGGCUGACAUGGCUCACGUCAGCGGCCUGGUGGCUGCGCAGGUGGCGCCGAACCCUUUCGAGUACUGCGACAUCGUCACAACCACCACUCACAAGACCCUGCGGGGACCCCGAGCAGGGCUCAUCUUCUUCCGCAAAGGUGUGCGGUCUGAAUCAAAGACCGGCGUGAAGGUCAUGUAUGACCUUGAAGAGAAGAUCAAGCAGGCUGUCUUCCCGGGGCUCCAGGGUGGGCCGCACAACAAUGUCAUUGCAGGAAUUGCAGCUGCACUCAAGCAGGCCAGCACCCCCGAGUUCAAGGCCUACCAGGAGCAGGUUGUCAAGAACGCGAAGACGCUUGCCAAGGAACUUCAGGACCGAGGCUAUACAUGCGUCUCAGGAGGCACAGACAACCACUUAGUCUGGGUCGACCUGAGACCCACGGGCCUCAACGGAUCGCGAGCGGAGCGCGUGCUCGAGCUCAUGUCCAUCGCGUGCAACAAGAACACCGUGCCCGGCGACAAGAGCGCGCUCAACCCUGGCGGCAUCCGCCUGGGCACCCCUGCUCUCACCACGCGAGGCCUCAAGGAGAACGACAUCAUCAAGGUGGCCGAGUUCAUCCACAAAGGACUGGCCUUCGCCCUGGAAGUCAAGGCCAACUCGGGACCAACCCUGAAGGACUUUAAGGCAAAGCUCGAAACGGAUCCGGUCUAUGUGGAGCGGAUGAACAAGCUCCGCGAGGAAGUGGAAGCCUUUGCACUCACUUUCUUCAUGCCCGGCUACAUGGAUGUCUGAGCAGAGACAACGUUCGUCGCUCAUUCCGCAUUUGUUCCAACGUACCCGUCUGUAUGUUACCUUGUUUUCGUCACCAAGCGUGCUUCGAAAUUAUUGUACAGUAGGAUUGCAAACCAAGGCUGCUGUGUGACACUAAGGCUGAAGGAGAUGUUUUCCUGUAUAUAUUUGCAACGUCCUCAUUUGGUGUUUACUGCAAGAAUUCUUUUCACAUCUAGCGCUGGAUUUCUGCAGGUGUGCGUUGACAAAAGUUGACAUCGUAUCCGUUCACGCACAAAAGCCAAUACUUGAGUUAUUGGUACCCAACGUACUGCAAUACACAAGUUGCCACAACGAUUUUAGACAAAUUCACGAGGUUUUUUUUAAACUGCCAUUGUCAGCAGCUGUGCGGCAAUACGUUUGGGCCGGCAAGUUAUUGUGCUCUCAUCGUACCAAGCCCUGUUGACUGUUUUGUUGUGCAAGUGAGAGUUGGUGAGAGUAUGUGUCAAAUUGUUUAUUUUUGCUACGGAACAAAAUAAAUACUUCAUUUUCUUCCACACGGAAGGCUCUGG